GGUCUUAUUCUGUACCACAGACAGUGGUAUGUGUUCUGUACGCUGUCCCACUGAAGAAUUUUGUGAGGUUAGUUUCAUGAUUUAAAUGCUAUAUAAACCCAAAUAAUAAUUUAUUAACUGUCGUUAUACCUUUGAAAUGAUUCCACAAAUUAAACCGAGUUUAUUGACUGAAAUUAAACAUGUGUAUCCAAGUGUACGACAAUUCUUUAUUUCGAUUAAAGUAUGUUGUGGAUCAAAAAAUAAAAAAGAAUCUCCUUUAAAAAGAUUAUUAGACGAUUCGUCAACAUUCCAAGAUGUUACUAAGGAAUACAAACAACAAUGGACUACUUUACCAUAUCCUCGAGGUACCAAAAUACGAAAACAAGGCGAUUUCUAUCAAAUGGAAAAAAAAGAUCCAAGAGAUGCGUCUAUUAUCCUCUUCCCCGGCCAAGGAACUCAGUAUGUUGGAAUGGCAAAAGAUCUAAUGAAGUUUCCUAUGGCAAAAGAUCUAUUUGAAUUAGCAAAUUACAUUUUAGGGUAUAAUUUGUUGAAGAUAUGCUUAGAAGGUCCCAAAGAAACAUUAGAUCAAACUAAGUACUGCCAACCCGCAGUAAUGGUUGCAUCAUUAGCAGCACUAGAGCAACUUAAAGAGGAAAGGCCAAAUGCUAUUGCAAACUGUGUAGCAACUGCUGGUUUCAGUUUGGGAGAAAUAACUGCUUUAGUUUUUGCAGGAGCACUUGGAUUUGAAAGGGCUUUGCAGUUAGUUAGAAUCAGGGCUGAGGCUAUGCAAUUGGCUAGUGAUGCCUAUAAAGGUGGUAUGGCAACUGUCAUGUAUGGACCAGAUAGUAAACUAAGUUUAGCAUGUCAAAAAGCCAAAGCUUGGGCUAUGGAUAAAGGAGACCCUCUACCAGACUGUAAAGUAGCAAAUUACCUUUUUCCACAUUGUAAAGUAAUAUCAGGCAGUGAAUCAGCCAUUGAUUUUAUUGAAAAAAAUGCCAAAGAGUUUAAUCUCAAAAAGGUGCGGAGAUUACCAGUUAGCGGAGCUUUUCAUUCAGAAUUAAUGAAGCCAGCAGUGGAAACAUUUAGGAAAGCAUUGGAUAAGUCAGAAGUUAAUGAUCCUGCUAUAAGAGUGUAUUCUAAUGUUGAUGGAAAAUCAUAUAAAAAUGCAGCUCAUAUUAGAUCUCAAUUACCAAAACAGAUAGUAAAGGCAGUUAAAUGGGAACAAUUGUUGCAUACAGUUUAUGAGCGAAAUUCUGGAGAGUACUUUCCAAGAACUUUUGAAGUUGGACCAGGAACAUCCCUUAAAACUAUUCUCAAUCAAGUUAAUGCCAAAGCAGCGGAACAUUGUUAUACUGUAAAAGCUUAAGAUGCAUUAUGACUGAUUUCAUGAAAGACUAAAAUAGUUCGAACAAAAACGGUUUGCAUUGUUUUUUAAUGCAAUGGAAAUAUGAAUGAACUGAAAAAAUAUAAUCGUUGUAGUAAUUGAAUUUUUUGAAAUAUUCAAAAGAUUUUUGUUAUUGAUAAAUAAAAGAUUUUUUAGAAAAUUUUGUAAAUUUA